AUGAAGAAAUUGUUAUUGCUAUUGCUUGCUACCCUAAGUGUUGCAGAGGUCUGCGUAGUUAGGGUAGGCAUGACUUAUUACGAAGCAAGAGACUUAGAUAUUAGUAGAUUCAAUUGUUACAUGAACUUUGAUGGAACCAUUGAAGCACUAACAAGAUGGGUUGAUAUAAUUGAACAUCGAGAAUAAUUGUUAAAUGACUUGGAAGUGUUAGCAAAAAUGAUCAAGAUUAUUGAGAGUGCAAAGUAGGCUACCACAGUGAUUCGUGAUUAUGAAAGAAAUCGGCCAUCUUUUAAAGCAUUUCUCUAAAAUGAGUGGACAUCAUGUAGAAUUGAUGAUGCUAACGAUUAUGUGCAGCGCCUUAAUGCUUAAAGAACAAAGGAAGAACGAGUUGCAUUGGCUAAUUCGAUUAUAAAUUACUUGAGAAAUGCAGAGAAAUAGAUCUAUGGAUAUGUGGAUUCAUGUCGAAAUGUUAGAUUAGCUACACAUUUGAAAUAAAAGAUUGCAUAAUUGAAAGCUUUGAAACAAGUUUGUGAAUAAGAACUUAAAAAACCAUAACCCAGAGAAGUAAUAAUAGAAAGCGAUGAUGAUGAUGUUGUAUAUUACUUUGAAGAAUAAGCAAUUGAAGAAGUUUACGAUUAUGUUUAUGUUUACGAAGAUGAAAUGGAAGCUGAAUUUCCAGUAGAUGAUUCAGAGCCCCAAGUUUAUAAAUAUGCCUAAACUCCAAAGGUGACAAAGAGCACUGUGAUUAAGACCAGAGAAAUAUAUGGUGCACAAAAGGAUACGAGCAAAGUGGUUGAUGCUCAUUCCACCUAUGGACCAAUUGAAUAUAUCAGAAGUGGAGUCGGAGAGGAGUGUGAAUAUUAUGGAGAUACAGUAAACUAGCCAGAGCCAGAUUAUGUGGAUGGAAUGGAAGAAACAGAAGAGCACCCUCAAUAAGUUACUGAGGACCCAGUGCCUGAUGAUAAGAAGGUGACAGAGGAGGAAGUUGUGAAGGAAGAAGACACUACGGAAGAAGUAAUCCAAGAUGAACCAGUGCCAGAUGAUGAAAAGAUUACAGAAGAAGAAAAUACAUCAGAAGAAGCAAUCCAAGAUGAACCAGUACCAGAUGAUGAAAAGAUUACAGAAGAGGAAAGCACUGAAGAUGAAAUUAUAACAGAGGAAACUAUUGAAGAUGAACCAGUGCCUGAUGAUGAGAAGAUUACAGAAGAAGAAAAUAUUACUGAAGAAACCAUAACUGAGGAGAUUAUUGAAGAUGAACCAGUCCCAGAUGAUGAAAAAAUUACAGAGGAAGAAGCCAUAAUUGAAAUUACAGAAGAGACUAUUGAAGAAAUUACACAAGAGGAGAAGAAAGAUGAUAAACCUGCUGAAAAAAACAAAGUGAAGCCAAAAAGAAAAGAAAAAACUAAGAAGGAAGAGAAGAAAAAAAAAAUAAAUUAAUAAAAUGCUGAAGUAAUUAAUAAAAAGAAGAAAAAAACAGAAACUAAAGAAACCAAAAAAACAGAAGUUAAAACAUAAGAGGUUACAAAGAAGAAAGAGAAAGUUGUAUAGGAAAAGAAAAAGAAGAAGGUUGUUGAAGAUAAAGAAGAAGUUAAAAAGAAGGAUGAUCCAGUUGAGGAAAAAAAAGAAAAUGGAGAAGAGGAUGGAGAAGUAUGUGUACCUUAAUUUAAGAAGAAGUCAAAGAAAGUUGUGAAAAAGGUUAAGCGAACAGGGCCUCGUCCUAAACCUGGUUAAAAGACUAGAAAGGAAGCUAAAUAAGAGAAGAAGAUGGCAAAAAAGCAGCCUUUACCUGCCAUUUGUUAUGGAAAGAAACAUUAUGUUGAAGAAAUUGUUGGGGAAGAAAUCAUUGAAUCCUAAAAUAAAGGAGCUAAUUAUUUAGCGGUUGAGAAUUUACUUAAUGAUGUAGUUAAUGAGGAUAAACAUGAUCAUUAAAAUGAGCAUGACAGAUCUGUCAAGUUAACAUCGGUUAAGGAUGAAUUUAAUGCCAAUGAACCAACUCAAUUUUAACCACCUAAACAUAGAGCAAGCAGUGGUAGAGUUCAAGAAAAGAAAGCUAUUGCUGUUAACACUAAGUAUUUCAAUUCAGAUUUUGAUGGCGAACCUACUUAAGUUUUUGAAUUUGAGGAUAGAGCAUUAUUGCAAGAUGCAUCUGAAUAUGGAUAUGGAUUCUGGGUGAGAUUCAGCGAACACUCAACUAAAUAGCAUGCUCGUGAAGAGGGCCAAUAUUAUUUCCUAUCGAGAAUGACAACGAAUGAGGAAUAUGAAGACUUCUCGUUUUAUGGAGACAGAACUUUAGCUCUGUUUUUGUAUGACAACUCGUUUGUAUUUUCAACUUAUGAUAUCACAACCUAAAGUAAGACAAAGGAUACUAAUGUCGUAUUGAAUGAGAACAUGGAUAGUAUUUGGUAUUUUGUAGUGUACACUUACAGUUCUCAACAAAGAAAGGUUGUGGGAUAUGUAGUAAAAUAUGGGGAAGGUGCACCCAAAUACAGAAUUGAAAUUGAAGCCUAACAUGUUCCACCUACCUAUGUUAAAUUCAUUUUUGGAGGAAAGCAUAUGGAUUAUUUGGGAUUGAAUGGAUAGUUUGCAAAUAUCUUUUAUGAUGUAGAUGCUCCUGCAUUUAUUGAUGGAGAUGAAUCCUUAGAAGAAAUCAUCAAGACUUUGAGUAAUAUGCCUCAGCAAUUGCCAAUUUUGAUAGAAGAAACAAUCAUUAGCAAACCAAUUUUAAUUAGUGGUAAUGAGAAAGGAGAGCAUUAUCAUUUUGAUCCUCAAGAGUCACAAUUAUUGAUAGAAGAAUAUGCAGUCGCUUUUUGGUUUAGAUGGGUGGAUGACCUUAAAGUAGAUGAACCUAAUGCCUUUUAACUCAUUAAUCUGAGAUCGAAUAAGGUGCGAGCUCAAGGGAAAGGAGUUUUGGGAGAUAGAGCUUUGGAAGUUCAUCACAUCUAUGGUGGAGGUAUUAAGAGCAACGUGUAUUUCAACACUUACACUGUGUAUGGAAACAGAGGCAGAGGGUCUGUGAAUAUUUUAAAGAGUGUUGAAAGUGCUGAAUAUAUAUGGACUUACGUGUACUUUGGAUACAAAGAAGGAAGAGCAUAUGGUGCCUUAAUCAAGCCUUAAGUAACUGGUGAAGUUAAAUUCGAAGGAGUUUAUCAUAAGCAAGUCAACCAUUUGAGUGUUACAGUAGGAGGAGACGAUACAGUCUCACCCUUCAACGGAAAGAUAGCUUUCGUUGGAAUUUAUUUGGGCGAAGGAGCUUACAGAGAAGGUCUUGACUUUUAGACAACUUUCAACUAUGGAGAAGGAGUGAUGGGAGUCUAUUAGGUAGGCAAACCAAUCACUUACAUGGGAGUUGAUUAGAAUAGAUAUGUAGAAUUCGAUCAAGUAGAUAACGUAGUGGAUAAGAUCAUAUUGCAUGAUGAGAAUGGAAUGAAAAUUAAUGGCUAAAGUGAAUACGCCUUUGGUCUAUGGACAAGAUGGUUGAGUACAUUGCCAAAGUAUUUAAAUAAAAGAGCACCAGUCCACAAUAUUGCCAGAGUGGGUACUCAAGGGUAUAUAAUUGAAUCAGUGGAUGGCAAAUGGGUUAGAGCCAAUGGAGGCAGACCUUAAACUGUAAAAGACACUACACUGGCUUGUGUUUUGACUUAAGAAUCAUAUGAAUUUUAGACACUUAGUCUUAAGGAUGAUAUCCCAUUCUCUAAUUUGGAGGGUCAAUGGAAUUAUGUGUACUUCGGAUACAAGAGACAAGGUGACAAUGGAGUGGCCAAAGGAUACAUUCAAUUUGGAGUAGAUGGUGAAAUAGAAGAGGUGGCUUUCACUGUCUAUCAUGAUUUCUUAGUAGAGUAUGUAGAAUUCAUUGUUGGUAAGACAUCAGCUCCAUUAUUUAAUGGUGAGUUAGCCAGAGUUACAUUCAGUUUUGGUCCUGGAGCAUUCGUACCAAAUAAAGAAACUCUGAGAUUGUUUACAUAAAACUCUUUGCCAGAAAAGGCUUAAAUUCAUCCAGUCACUAGAUAGACUUUGCAGUUGUUCGGAUCUGCAAUUACAAUAGCUGAAGAUCCAAUUGAGUUUGAAUUUGACAAAUUUUAAGGAGCAGAGGAAUACUCAGUUUCUGGCUGGGUUAGAUGGGCUGGUCCACUUGUUACUGGUAAGGAAUCACAUGUGAUUACAUUGGCUUAAAAGAGAUUGUUGGAUAUAGAUGGCAGCAAAGAAGAAACCUUAUAAAUCAUAAGAGGAGACUCUCUUUAUCGAUUUGUUACUUACACUAAUAAUGGAAAACUGAUCCCUGCUGAAUAGGAGUUCCACGAAUAUGCUGAUCAAUGGACUUACUUAUAUUAUGGAUACUCAAAAUAAUCACUGAAAACUUAUGGUUAUACAAGAUUUGCAUUCUCGGAUGCAGAGUUUACACAAGAAAACAUCCAGCAUUUCUACUUAGCUGUAUUUAGUAUAAUGGUUGGUCAUGGAAGAUAGUCCAAUGUAGACUUUAUCGGUUAGAUGAAGACAUGGGUGGUGAAUGUAGGUUUUGGAGCUUACAGAGAGGGUAACUUUGAGGAGGAUGAAAAUAUCAAAAUACAUUUCGGAUUUAUAAGUGGAGCAGAUCAUAUCAAAUAGGCUGGCUAGGAGGCUCAUCAUGAAGAAAAGAUCUUGGAGUGUGCAACUAAAGAAGAAGAACCUCCCAUGCAAAUCUAGUUUGAAUAAAGUUCCACUCUUUAAUUGCAUGGAGUUUCUGAGUAUGGAUACGGUUUUUGGUUGAGAUAUCAAUACUUCGGAUUCAAAUAAAGAAUUUAUUCAUAACCUCAACUUAUGGGAGUUGCCAGAUUAACUAGCAAUAGAGAAUAUAAAGAUUUCGAUAAUCCAGGAGAUAGAAUCCUACUAGUUUUGAUGGGCAGAAAAGCAUUCUCUUUUGGCACUUAUGAUGUUAUUACCAAAGUAAAUAAUGUAGGAGGGGAUGUUGAGUAUAAAAGGGAGAGCGAAGGAGAAUGGCAAUAUAUAUAUUUCAGUUAUAAGAGACACACUCAAUAGGAGGGACAUGCUAUAGCUUUUACUUAAUUUAGAGACCACACUGAAGGAUUAAAGAUGGAUGUAUUGCAUUCCUUAUUAACCAGCUAUUUAUACUUCUCUGUUGGUCAUGCUGGUAAGUAUUAUGCUAAUUUCAAUGGAUAAAUAACCAAAGUUAGAUUUAAUUUGGGUCCAGGAUCCUUUAUUGACAACAAAGCUGAUUUGCUAUCCAGAAUAAAGACCAAGGAUACUAUUCCAGAUAUCGAACAAGUGAGCAAGAAUAUUGAAAUUUUAUCUGGAAUACAUGAUGUAAGAAAACUUGAUGAGAAACAUCAUUUAACAACAUUUAACCAAGAGGUAAGAGAGUACGGAGUGUAAUUAUGGUUCAGAUGGUUCAAGAGUUAAAAGAGCACUUAAUUGAUGUAUAGAUUGACCACAAAUGGACCAGAUAUUCUUGGUGAUGCUCAGAAGAUAGGUGAUAGGACUCUAGUGUUGUGUCAUACAGAAGGUUUAGAAUUUAGCACUUAUAGUUUGGGAGAUAAGGCAGUUCAAUUAAACAAUGCUUACCCAGUCUAGAUAGCUAAAUAGAAUCUGGAAGUGUGGACAUUUGCCUAUUUUGCAUACUCAAAGGAGAGCCAAUAAAUAGUCUAUUACAUCAAUAGUGAAGAGAAUGAGUAACAUGCUUUAGAGUCAGCUCUACAUGCAGUCUCAUCUGAUUAUUGGUUCUAUUUGGCCAAAGAUGCUCUCUUGAAUUCAUAUGACAGUCGUUUGGCUCAAGUAGUAUUGAAUUUUGGAACUGGGGCAUUUAGAAAGGAUAAUUUCAAAGGACUGUUGGUUUAUCUCUAGUCUCCAAAACUAUUCAAUCCAAAUGCUAAAUUACAAUGGGAUUACGAAGAAGAUGAAUUGGUACUAGAUUCUUAAGAUCCUGCAAAAUAAGGUUUGACCAUUAGAAUAGCUGAACCAAAUCAAAAGAUCGAGAGCAUUUAAGAAUAUUCUGUUGGGUUAUGGAUUCGUUUCUUGUAAGCUUGGCCAUCAAGGUUGUGGAAUAUACCAGGGGAGAUGUAAAUCUUCAGAUUAACUUCUAAUGAAGAAUUGGAGAGUGGCAAGAUUGUACUUGGUGAUAGAGUACUGAGUGCUUACUUGGUACAUGAUAACUUCUACUUUGGUGCCUAUGAUAUUAAUGAGGAUGCUCCUAAUGAAAUAUCCACAAUUUCUUACUCGUCUUUGGAGGGUAAAUGGCAUUAUAUUUAUGCUGGCUAUAAGAGAUCCAUAUAGGAAGCAGUGUAUUAUGUUUAUGAUGGAGAACACAUUCAAAAAGCAAAGAAUGAAUAGUUGUUGUAGAGACCGUUGAAUGAGUGGAUUAAGUUGAUCUUGGGUGGAGAGAAGAAUGUGGCAGGAUUCCAUGGAUUAUUCAGUUAAAUUUCAGCUCAUUUGGGCAAGGAAGCCUACGUAGAUGAUGAGGAAUAACUCUUAAAAUCAAUAGAAUCUAGUUAUGCUUUGCCUUUGGAAUUAACUGUAGGGUACAUCCAAAAGCAGAAGAAGGGAUAAGUGGAACUAGAACAAUAUAAGAGCCAAGAACUAACCCAAUUAUAAGGAAUCGGAGAAUAUGCCAUUAGUGGUUGGUUUAAGAUUGCUGAAGUACAAACUAAAAUUGAAGGGGAAAUCAAUUCACCUUGUUAACUCUUAUUCAGACUGACCAACAAUGAUGAAGAACACUUAUCGGAUAGGAAAUAAUAAGGAGAUAGAACUUUGCAUGCUUAAGUGUGCACAAGUGACACUGUAAAGGUUAGUACUUAUAGCAUUGCAGGUUUGAAGGAUUGGAAUGAAGCCAAGUUUUUGGAGGCAAAGGCAGAAAUGGGCAAUUCUAAAAGAGCUUGGACAUAUAUCUAUAUUAGCUAUAGUGAAGACAAGAGAGAGGUUGCAACUUUAAUAAAACUAUUUGAGAAAGAUGAUCCUGUUGUAUUCAAGGAUGUGUAGCAUUUUGUUGCCAAUAAUAUGUUUGUUUAUUUGGGUAAGGAUUCAUUUAGCAGGAAAUUCCAAGGAGAAUUACACAAGUGGGAGUUAUUAUUUGGAGCUGGAUCUCACACUUACGACGAAGAAACAAUGCCAAAUCUAAGAUAUAUUAUUAAGAAUAAGAAAAAUAUGUGGUUUAUGAAAGAAGACAAGACAAUUGAUACUAAACUUGAAUAAAGUUUCGACAAAGAAGUUGAAUCUGUAGAUGAAUAUGCUGUGGGUAUGUGGACUAGAUGGUUGAUAGCUUUUCCAACUACUUUGACUGAAAGAUCUGAUACUCACACCAUAUUCCGUCUAUCAUAGACCUUAGAGUAUUAGGAUAAGGCAGAAUUGGGAAAUAGAGCAUUAUCAGCAUUCCUCAAAAAAGGAUUUUAUGAAUUCAGCACUUAUGAUGUAUCGGCUCCAAACAAUGCAGUUGAUGCAAAAGUCAAUUACGAAAAUUUAGAAGGUGAAUGGAACUACAUUUAUGCAAGUUAUAAAAAUAAACAGUUUUACGGAUUGAUUAUUUUCAGGGAUAGAGAACAUGUAGAACAAAUCAGUUUAGAUGUGACACACUUUGUAUUUACUGGGCAUGCCAACUUGGUUCUUGCAGCAAAUGAAUUUGGCUAUAAGUCAUUCCAUGGAUGGAUCUAUGAUCCAAGAGUAUUUUUGGGAGCUGGUGCUUUCUUAAAUAAUCCUGAAACUAUAAUGGCAAUGGUUCAGAAAUUGCAUCGUAAGGUUCCCAUAAGCUCAUAGUCUGCCGAAGGAUUUGGAUGGCCAGUCAAAAUGCUGGACACUACUAAUUGGGAUGAUUUGGAUGAAAAGAAGAAUGAACUUAGAUAUGAGUUUGAUGAUAAAUAGGAAAUGCUCAGUUAUAGCAUAGGUUUUUGGUACUAAAAUGCUCCACUUCUGCCAGAGAUGGAAGAUGUAUUCAGAGGGUUGUUAAGACUGACUUCCAAUAAUGAAGAAGUAGGGUAGGACAAUCAAUUUAUUGGAGACAGGACACUGGCACUCUUUACUAAGGUAAAUGAGUUAACGGCUGCAACUUAUACUAUUAAGGAUCCUUCAUUUGAAUCUUUACAACAUUCAUUUACUGUUAAACCUUAUCAGUGGACGUUUGUAUAUUUUGGUUACCAUUAACACGAAGUGAGAGCUUAUGUUUUACAACCAGCUGGAAUCCAAGAGCAUACUCUAGAGGCAACACACAUGAUUCCAAAUAAACUGUACCUCCAUUUAGUAAAUGACAUUGGACAUCCUCCAUUUUGGGUAUCAUUAAUGUUUAAAUAUCUAUUUAGGGCAAAUUGUAUGGGCUAAAAGUCAAUUUUGGUGACGGUAGUUACUUAGACAAACCCUAGUAGCUUAUAGAUAGGUGGCCUUUCGACCCUAAUAAGAUCAUAUUAACCAAACAAGAGACAGGUCCCAAAGAAUGA